AUGUCAUCUCCUGAAAAUAUGUCGGGGCACAAAGCUCAACUACGUGGACUCUCAGCGCUCGAAGAAAAGCAAGAAGAAAGAGCGACAAUCUUGUACCCAUCAGGGAAGCAUGACUACUCCCAAGCUGGCAUGUCCGUAACCUCCUCUCGCAAGAGCAAUGCCGAAAAGUGGUUGAUCGCGGCUCGAAGUGAACGUCAAGUGCUCCGCUUCGUCGAACAGUCACUGAUUGGGUAUGAUGACACGUACAAGAAGUAUAUGGAUACUGUUUGGCGGACGACAACACUUUCACCGCUUCUGGGUACGUCUCACCCAACGAACCAUCCGUACGAAAGGGACUCUCUGGAAGACGAGAUCAACAUGGAAUCCAAGUUUGAAUGGCCGGGGAAUGUCAGACGAUCUACUCCCCCGCACAACUCGUUCAAGAUGAACAUGCGUGCUUGCGCUAGACGUGCGACCGCUCAGAAGGGCAGAUUGGCGAAAAGUGAGGAUCCGAAAAAGGUUACAUCUCCAAGAUGCUAUGACAAGGAGCACCAACGUCGUUCCAGUUCAUUGACCGAAUGGACAUGGGACGAGCACGACUCAAACAUGCCAUGUGGCGCUCCAGUCAACCCGUUUACACAAGGAGCUGCCGCAGGUCACGCUGGCGCCCCUCAAGCUGGCCCCCCUGUAGCAACCGCCCCUCAGCCUGGAGCCGAGGAUGGCAUUGCUGCUGUCAUCCGGCGUGGUUCCAGCUCGACACCAACACAAGCCACCCUAGAUGGGUUCGGUGCACCUCUCGUUGCCCGGAUGGAUGCUCAAGCCACUCGAAAUCCAUCGGGAGUCGUUAGGCGUCUCAACGCAGCUAUCAACUGGCUGUACAACCCCAAGCUGGUCAAGGAACUCUGUUCUCAGCUCCCCGACACUUCAUUGGUGACGCUUAGCAGCCACGCAAGCACACUCGUGGCACAGCACUCUUAUCACCGACACAUGAUCUUUAACCUCAACAUGACAAGGGCUACUUAUAUACAACCCGGCAGUACCACGUGCACAUUCUUGACGACAUUGCAUGUCUUUCGAGAAACCUGGGCGCAGCAUGUCCACGCUCGAGCACCAAUUCCAACUUUCGAUAUCCUGGAUACUCGGCGCUCAUCCUUCAUCAUGACUUGA